AUGGACGAUAGCUUGAUUACCACCUUCCUUGCCGUCACUGGAGCCAGCGACGAGUCGGUUGCCAAACAAUAUUUAGAGAUCACCAAUAACGAUUUGGACUAUGCAGUGACUUUGUAUAUGGAAUCCAAUCCACCGGGGGCAGCACCAACAUCUAAUGAUACCCACGGAGGGGCACGUGAGGAUGACGAGGCCAUGGCGCAACGGUUGCAGCAAGAAGCAUAUGGGUCAAACGAUGAUGUACGAGAAGCUGAUGCUAAUAUUCAUAGACAUGAAACCUUGAUAGACUCUUUUGGAGGAGGAUUCACUCCACAACCACAAAUGAGUAGACCAACGGAUAUAUUUGGCCAGGGCCGUGUUGGUAUUUUCAACCAACGUUUUGAUGACGAAGAAAAUGCUUAUUAUAAUAAUCGAAUUCAAGAACUACAGGAUGAUAAUAGCGAGGAUGAGUCUUAUAAUGAUGAAGAUGAAGAGGAGGAAGACGAUGACGAUGUGAUGGUUUUGGAUAGUGAUGGUGAAGUCAUUGAAACCACUAGACCCCCAAGAUCAAGAAGAAGAAUUGCCAGAGAUGAUAGAAUAAAUGAAUUAACCUCAACCCAAAGAAGAUUAGCAAACUUAUUCCGUCCACCUUUUGACUUGAUGGAAAGAAUAGAUAUUGAUUCUGCUAAAAUCAAAGGUAGAGAAGAGAAGAAAUGGAUCUUGGUUAAUAUUCAAGAUAGUAGUGAAUUCGGUUGUCAAGUUUUGAAUCGAGAUUUUUGGUCAAAUUCAACAGUUAAAAAUAAAGUUAAAGAGAAUUUUAUCUUUCUACAGUAUCAAAAUGAUUCUCCAAAUGGGAUGAGCUAUACGAAUUUCUACUCAACUAAUGCAUUCCCCCAUAUUUCGAUUUUGGAUCCUUUAACCGGUGAACGAGUAUUUAAGUGGAUAGAUGGCGAAAUACCUGAUAUUGAAAGUUGGAUAGAUGAUAUUGAUAAAUUUUUAAAUAAAUUUAGUUUAUUACCAAAUUCAAAAAAUCCAAUAAUUGAACAUGAACAUAAAUUUGAUCCUGAUGCCUUAACUGAAGAACAACAAAUUGAAUUUGCUUUGAAACAAUCAAUGGGUAAUUCUGCUGAUGAUGCUAUUAAUAUCGAUGAGGAUGAUACUAAUGAUGCUGAACCGGAUACCCUGGAAGAUCCCUUUGAUGCAAUCAAACCUGUUAAUCAUGAAGAACCUUCUUCCGGGAAUGUCACUCGUAUACAAAUCAGAUUUCCAAAUGGGAAAAGACUCAUUCAUAAAUUUAAUAUCGAUGAUGAUAAAGUGAUCACCAUUUAUCAAUGGUUGAAAAAUGUCUUACAAAAUAAUGAUGAUGAGUAUGGCUUAACUUCUCAAGAUAGGUUCAACCUUUCAAAUGUAUCUAAUAAAUCUUUCAAAUUAAUCGAAUCCCUAGACUCAUCAAUUGGUCAAGUUGGUUUGAAAAACGCUAGUAUACUAUUGGAAAAAGAAUAA